GUACCGUGACCUCUGUACGAGAGCGGUAGUGGCUAGUAAACACUCUCUGAGGGUUGCUGACGGCUCCUGGUGGUGUUUGUUAGACCUGCUUGUAGCAAUUCCCCUCAGGCUUUGCCUCGUGUUGUGCUGGCUUGGAGAGCUUCCGGUUCUGUUUGUGUGAUUACGGGAUACGCUUGGGGAGUAGAUGAGGAUUGGAUCGGGUCUCCUUUAUCUCUCCGUGCUCUUCUGAGUUAGGCCUGCGGGCGGGGAGGCUCUUGCCUGUUCGGUGGGAUUCAAAAAACCUGCUUCCAUUAAGCUGAACAAAGAAGUGAAGGAAACGCCUGUUGUUUUACGUUAUCACGCACUCGGAGAACAAGACCUCCCUUUCACCGCAGGUGGCUGAGCUAGCAGAAGGCAUACAUCAUGUGGAUCCAAGUUCGUACUAUAGACGGCACUGAGACCCAUACUAUUGAUGAUCUGAGCCGUCUCACCAAGAUUGAAUGUUUGCGGGAGAAGAUCCAGAAGACGUUCUGUGUGAGCCCUGACCGCCAGCGCCUCUUCUACCGGGGCAAGCAGUUGGAAGACGAUCACACUUUAUUUGAUUACGAUGUUGGACUAAAUGACAUAGUUCAGCUUUUGAUACGCUCUGAAUCUGAAGCUCCUACCACUUCUGAGAUAAAUCGGGGUGGAGAGGUAAUUCCCUGUGCUGUUUCCAACUGUAAAAACAAAGUCAAAAGAGCGGCAAGUAGAAGGUCACCUAAUCAACCAUCUACAUCAGCUCAUUUGUUUCUUAUAGAUCCUGGCAUUGGACUGUACAAGAUAAAUGAAUUGGUGGAUGCCCGUGAUGUCAGCAUUGGAGCCUGGUUUGAAGCUCAUAUAGAAAAUGUUACUCGAGCAACAAAAGGACAUAAAAAUGGUAAAGCUCAAGUAAAGAGUGGCAAUUCGUACAAAAGGACUAAUGGAAACUUAAGUCAAGAUUAUUCUAGAGAGAAGAAUGCAAAUUAUUUGGACAGUACACCAUCCACAUCUUAUUCAGGCUGCAUGGACACUGAUGAAGAAGCUAUUUAUCAUAUCAAGUAUGAUGAGUAUCCAGAGAAUGGCAUAGUAGAAAUGGACACAAAAAAUCUUCGACCACGAGCAAGAACCAUUCUAAAGUGGAAUGAACUAAAAGUGGGUGAUGUGGUGAUGGUUAACUACAAUGUUGAGGCUCCAGAAGAAAGAGGAUUCUGGUUUGAUGCAGAAAUUACCUCUCUGAGAGAAAUUUCAAGGACUAACAAAGAGGUUCAUGCUAAAAUUCUGCUGGGAGGCCCAGAAGAUGCAAUAAAUGACUGUAGAAUCCUUUUUAUAGAGGAAAUGUACAAGAUUGAAAAGCCAGGAGCUUAUCCACUGACAUUUGGAGAUGGAGAUUUCAAAAGAAAGAGUGGCCCUGAAUGUAAGCACUGCAAGGCUGACCCAGAUAAGGAAUGUCGCUUUUGCUCCUGUUACUUGUGUGGUGGAAAACAGGAUGCUCACAUGCAACUCCUUUGUGAUGAAUGUAAUAUGGCUUAUCAUAUAUACUGCCUGAACCCUCCCUUAAGCAAGAUACCAGAAGAUGAGGAUUGGUAUUGUCCUUCAUGCAAAAAUGAUUCUAAUGAAGUUGUAAAAGCUGGAGAAAAACUCAAACAGAGUAAAAAGAAAGCAAAGAUGCCAUCUGCCAGUACUGAAAGCCAGAGAGACUGGGGCAAGGGCAUGGCUUGUGUUGGUCGCACUAAGGAAUGCACUAUUGUCCCUUCUAAUCACUAUGGUCCUAUACCUGGUGUCCCUGUUGGGACAACCUGGAAAUUCAGAGUUCAGGUGAGUGAAGCAGGUGUUCACAGACCCCAUGUUGGUGGAAUUCAUGGACGCAGUAACGAUGGAGCUUAUUCGCUUGUACUAGCUGGAGGAUUUGAAGAUGAAGUGGAUCGAGGAGAUGAAUUCACUUAUACUGGGAGUGGAGGUAGAGAUCUUUCUGGAAAUAAAAGAAUUGGAGAACAUUCAUUUGAUCAAACAUUAACACACAUGAACAGGGCAUUGGCCCUUAACUGUGAUGCCCCAUUGGAUGAUAAAAAUGGAGCAGAGUCUAAGAACUGGAGAGCUGGUAAGCCUGUCCGAGUAGUGCGCAGUUCAAAAGGACGACGGAUCAGCAAAUAUGCUCCAGAGGAAGGCAACAGAUAUGAUGGCAUUUACAAGGUGGUAAAAUAUUGGCCAGAAAUUGGGAAAUGUGGGUUCUUAGUUUGGCGCUAUCUUCUGAGGAGAGAUGAUAUUGAACCUGCACCAUGGACUUCAGAAGGGAUGGAACGGUCAAAGAAACUGGGUCUGAGUGUACAGUAUCCUGAAGGUUAUUUGGAAGCCAUGGCUAGUAAAGAGAAAAAGGAUAAGGUUAAGAAGCAAACUGUGAAACAGGAGCCAACCAGCCAGAGUAACGGAAACCAGAAAAGGACAAUUGAUGAUGGUAUAGAGGAGAUUAAAAAUACAUCCAAAGCCAUGAGAAUGGGAGAUGGAGGGAAAGGAGAGGCUUUCCAACUGACCCAGCAACAGCAGUGGCUGAUUAAAGAAGACUGUAUGAACCAGAAAUUGUGGGAUGAAGUACUUGCUUCUCUUAAAGAAGGACCAAAUUUCCUGAAGAAAUUGGAACAAUCUUUUAUGUGUGUCUGCUGUCAGGAGCUGGUUAACCAGCCAGUGACAACAGAGUGCCUCCACAACAUCUGUAAAAGCUGUUUGCAGCGCUCUUUCCGAGCUGAAGUCUUUACCUGUCCUGCCUGCCGCUAUGACCUUGGAAAGAGCUACACUAUGGUUCCUAACAAGAUAUUGCAGAUGCUACUUGACCAGUUCUUCCCUGGUUACAGUAAAGGACGAUGAUGUGUUCAAAUCCUGUCAUACUUCUCCCAUUGAUUUUAUAGACAGUAAAGAAGAAUAGACAUCUAAAAGUCAACGGUGAAUGAGACAGCUUGAUGGAAGUGAACCUAUUGUCACAUUUUGAAGCAGCUAAUCCUCUUCCUCCCCAUCACCAUCUUUCUUCAUUAAGUGAGAACUCUAAAUCUCUGCUGUCUUUAACAUCAAAAGUAGUUUUGGUGAGCUAACAAAUAUUUUUUAAAGGGAGAAAAGAAACCCCAAACCAGGUCUAAGUGGUGAGUCCUAGCUGGUGCUUAAGUUAUGAUUUUUUUUUUGUAACUACCUCAGGUAGAAGAAAACAAAUUGCGGGGAGGAAAAAGCUUCAUAAAGUUUUAGCUACCCACUGCUUUCUUAAUUUUACUUGUGUCUAGUCUAUGUGGUUUGAUUCAACAAAAAAUAGAAAAGCAAACAAACACACACACACACAAAACCAAAACAAAACCAAAAUAAACCAACAAAAAGCAAACAGCACUUAAGUCAGCUCAAUUAAAGAACAGCAAAAUCUGUUGUGUACAUAGUCCUUUUUCUGUCUUUUCCAUUAUAGUGUAUUUCUUUGCAAGAAUGGGCUUACUUUUAGUCUGUUUUUGUGAGCUUCACUGUGCUUUUUCUUGUAUCUUAUGCAAGCUGACUGCUAAGGACUAAUGAACAAUAUGAAUGCAUUGUUGCUACAGUAGUGUAAAGUGAUCUGUGUUUUUUUGCACUUAGCAAAUAUUCAGAACAGUAGCUGUGUACAAUAAAUUAAUAUUAAAAAAGCCACUUUUGUAUUAGUUUAAAAUGUAUGCUUUUAGUAGGCCUUGUGUCAGUGGCAAUAAAUCUAUAUAGCAUUGAAGACAGUACUAGUUUGAAAAGGGUUUAAAUUGCUUCAUAUGGUGAUCUAAAAUUUUAUAUACAAUAUAUUCCCCCAAAAUAUACAUUAUUAAAUAUUUUAUGAUUCAGAAA